AUCACAAGAAUAAGCAUUUCAUCAACGUUAAAUUUCUUAAUCUCGAAGUUAGUAUUUAAAUAGGCUGGGGUGGUGUAUAAAUAGGUUCAUUGAAGAAUUCCUAGAAACUUUUUAAAUUCAAGACAGAAUUAACUUUAGGAAUAUUGCACCUAAUUAUUCAAAAUAUAACACUAUUUUAUAUCGAUGAAGCUAUUUUCCUAAGUAAUAAACUCAUAACCCAAAUUUUAAUAAACUAAGGACUUAAUCAAAUUUAGAAGGUUAAUGAACACCAAAAAACAUCUAAAUGGGGGUAUUGGUAAUAAAGGGUUUUAGUUUUUUCAAAUUUUAACAGGCUAUGGUAUUUUGUUUGCAUUUGGAUACUUUUUAGAAGAACAAAUUGUCUUUGCUAGAUCAUAAGAUAAAGAUUACAACUUUUCUAUUUUAUUAGAUAAUAGCCAGAUACAUUAGAGCAAAUUAAUCAAAGAGCAGAUAUUAUAAUUUGUUUAUAGCUCCAUAUUCUCUUGA